CGGGUGGCGGGUUGCUAGGGAUGGAGAGCGCCAGUGUCACCCGGAUGUGAGUGUCAUGUUGGCCCAAACUCGAAGAGAUUUGCAAGCAGCGGUGGCGGCAGAGAAGAACCGGCGGCGGUAGCCAGAACGACCCCCCUCCCCAAGUCUUUUCCUCUCGCUAGUUCGCACUACCGCUAUGGGGACAGCCGGAUAGCGGGCAGCUCAGCGCAGGGCAGGAUCAAGACGGAGGGGGGCAUCGUCGCGCACCUGGCUUGGAGCGGCGGCAGGCGGGGGGGGGAAAGGAGCGCCCGCGUCUCGGACCCCCCGCAGAAAGUGACCAUGAUGUCCCAACAGCAGCAGCUGCUGCUUGAUGAAGUAAGCUAUGCAAAUAGCACCAAAAUUCCUCUUCCUGGUGACGGACCAACUCUCCAGUCGAACUGCUCAGCACCAUCCAGGCAAACUGUACUAUCUUGGCAAGCUGCAAUUGAAGCUGCUAGACAAGCCAAGGCUGCCCAAAGCAUGAGCACCACCCCAACUGAACCUGUAGGAUCUCUGUCCCAAAGAAAACGCCAGCAAUAUGCCAAGAGCAAAAAACAGGGUAAUACAUCCAACAGUCGGUCAGCCCGUGCCCUUUUCUGUUUAUCCCUCAAUAACCCAAUCCGAAGAGCCUGCAUUAGUAUAGUAGAAUGGAAACCGUUUGACAUAUUUAUAUUACUGGCUAUUUUUGCCAAUUGUGUGGCCUUAGCUGUUUACAUCCCAUUCCCAGAAGAUGAUUCUAAUUCAACAAAUCAGAACUUGGAAAAAGUAGAAUAUGCCUUCCUGAUAAUUUUUACAAUUGAAACAUUUUUGAAGAUUAUAGCAUAUGGAUUAUUAUUACAUCCCAAUGCAUAUGUUAGAAAUGGAUGGAAUUUACUGGAUUUUGUAAUAGUAAUUGUAGGAUUGUUUAGCGUAAUUUUGGAACAAUUAACCAAAGAAGCAGAAGAGGGAAGCCAUUCGAGUGGUAAAUCAGGUGGCUUUGAUGUAAAAGCCCUAAGAGCCUUUCGUGUGUUGCGACCUCUCCGGCUUGUGUCAGGAGUGCCCAGUUUACAGGUUGUCCUGAACUCCAUUAUAAAAGCCAUGGUCCCUUUGCUCCAUAUUGCCCUUUUGGUAUUAUUUGUAAUCAUAAUCUAUGCUAUUAUAGGAUUGGAACUUUUUAUUGGGAAAAUGCACAAAUCAUGUUACUUUGAAGAUUCAGAUAUAUUAGCUGAAGAUGAUCCUGCACCUUGUGCAUUCUCAGGGAGUGGACGUCAGUGUCCCAUUAAUGGCUCUGAAUGUAGGGGUGGCUGGCCAGGACCAAACGGAGGCAUAACCAACUUUGAUAAUUUUGGCUAUGCAAUGUUAACUGUGUUCCAGUGUAUAACUAUGGAAGGAUGGACUGAUGUCCUAUAUUGGAUGAAUGAUGCUAUGGGAUUUGAAUUGCCAUGGGUGUAUUUUGUCAGUCUCGUCAUCUUUGGGUCUUUUUUCGUUCUAAAUCUUGUUCUUGGUGUAUUGAGCGGGGAAUUUUCCAAGGAACGAGAAAAAGCCAAAGCCAGGGGAGAUUUUCAGAAGCUGCGGGAAAAGCAGCAGCUCGAGGAAGAUCUCAAGGGCUAUUUGGAUUGGAUUACACAAGCGGAAGAUAUUGACCCUGAGAAUGAAGAGGAAGGUGACGGAGAAGGCAAACGGAAUACAAGCAUGCAAGCGAGUGAAACUGAAUCUGUGAAUACUGAAAAUGUUGGUGGAGAAGGGGACAGCCCAGCAUGUUGUGGAAAUUUGUGUCAAAUUAUCUCAAAAUCCAAGCUCAGUCGACGUUGGCGUCGAUGGAACCGAUUCAAUAGAAGAAGAUGCAGAGCUGCUGUAAAAUCUGUUUCAUUUUAUUGGUUAGUUAUUGUACUGGUCUUCCUGAACACAUUAACUAUCUCAUCUGAGCAUUACAACCAGCCUGAUUGGUUGACACAAAUACAAGAUAUUGCUAAUAAAGUUCUUCUGGCUUUAUUCACCUGUGAAAUGUUAGUAAAAAUGUACAGCCUGGGCCUGCAGUCUUACUUUGUGUCCCUUUUUAAUCGUUUUGACUGCUUCGUGGUAUGUGGCGGCAUUGUUGAAACCAUCUUGGUGGAGUUGGAAAUUAUGUCACCCCUUGGAAUUUCAGUAUUCCGCUGUGUUCGUCUCCUCCGUAUUUUUAAAGUAACCAGGCACUGGACAUCCCUGAGCAACUUGGUAGCAUCCUUGUUAAACUCAAUGAAGUCCAUUGCUUCACUGUUGCUUCUGCUUUUCCUCUUCAUCAUAAUCUUCUCAUUGCUUGGAAUGCAGCUGUUUGGAGGCAAAUUUAAUUUUGAUGAAACUCAAACAAAACGGAGCACCUUCGAUAAUUUCCCACAAGCUCUUUUAACUGUAUUCCAGAUUCUAACAGGUGAAGACUGGAAUGCUGUUAUGUAUGAUGGCAUUAUGGCAUAUGGUGGCCCAUCAUCAUCAGGAAUGGUAGUUUGUAUAUACUUCAUUAUCCUCUUCAUCUGUGGUAACUAUAUCUUGUUGAAUGUCUUCUUGGCCAUUGCAGUCGAUAACCUGGCAGAUGCUGAAAGUCUGAACACAGCUCAGAAAGAAGAAGCAGAGGAAAAGGAGAGGAAAAAGACUGCCAGAAAAGAAACUUUGGAUACUAAAAAGGGAGACAAACCAGAAGGUGAACAGAAAAAGGCCAAGGAUGCUAAGGUUACCAUUAAUGAAUAUGGAGAAGGAGAAGACGAAGACAAAGAUCCCUAUCCUCCAUGUGAUGUUCCAGUAGGUGAAGAGGAAGAGGAGGAGGAGGAAGAGGAAGAAGAACCUGAAGUGCCAGCUGGCCCUCGACCCCGGAGGAUAUCCGAACUUAAUAUGAAGGAGAAGAUGACACCAAUUCCUGAAGGAAGCUCCUUCUUCAUUUUCAGCAAUACAAACCCGAUUCGAGUGGGAUGUCACAGGCUAAUCAACCAUCAUAUUUUUACCAACCUCAUCCUCGUCUUCAUCAUGCUUAGCAGUGCUUCCCUUGCAGCAGAAGACCCCAUUAGCAACCAUUCUUUUCGAAAUAAUAUACUUGGUUACUUUGACUAUGCUUUCACAGCCAUCUUUACUGUUGAAAUCCUGUUAAAGCUGACAGUGUUUGGAGCAUUUCUUCAUAAAGGAUCUUUCUGCCGGAAUUACUUUAACUUGCUGGACAUAUUGGUAGUGGGUGUCUCUCUUGUAUCAUUUGGCAUUCAAUCAAGCGCUAUCUCAGUUGUGAAGAUUCUGAGAGUUUUAAGAGUCUUAAGGCCAUUAAGGGCUAUAAACAGAGCAAAAGGACUUAAGCAUGUUGUUCAGUGUGUCUUUGUUGCUAUUCGAACUAUUGGUAAUAUCAUGAUUGUUACAACUCUGCUGCAGUUCAUGUUUGCAUGUAUUGGUGUCCAGCUCUUCAAGGGAAAAUUCUAUCGGUGCACAGAUGAAGCAAAACAAAACCCUGUGGAGUGCCGAGGAAUAUUUAUUGUUUAUAAAGAUGGAGAUGUGGAGAGUCCAAUGGUGAGAGAGAGAAUAUGGCAGAACAGUGACUUCAACUUCGACAACGUGCUUACUGCUAUGAUGGCUCUUUUUACUGUUUCUACAUUUGAAGGCUGGCCUGCGCUUCUAUAUAAAGCUAUAGACUCGAAUGGAGAGAACGUAGGUCCAAUCUACAAUUACAGAGUGGAGAUCUCUAUUUUCUUUAUUAUCUACAUCAUCAUUAUUGCUUUCUUCAUGAUGAACAUAUUUGUUGGUUUUGUAAUUGUUACAUUCCAAGAACAGGGAGAAAAAGAAUACAAGAACUGUGAACUGGACAAAAAUCAGCGUCAGUGUGUGGAAUAUGCUUUGAAAGCUCGACCGUUACGUAGAUACAUUCCAAAAAAUCCAUACCAGUACAAAUUUUGGUAUAUGGUGAACUCUGCCGUCUUUGAAUACAUCAUGUUUGUCCUCAUCAUGCUGAACACACUUUGUUUGGCUGUGCAGCACUAUGGGCAGUCUAAACCGUUUAAUGAUGCAAUGGAUAUUCUGAAUAUGGUUUUUACCGCAGUGUUUACUGUUGAAAUGGUUCUGAAACUUAUUGCAUUUAAGCCCAAGGGCUAUUUUAGUGAUGCCUGGAACUCGUUUGACUCCCUCGUCGUUCUUGGCAGCAUAGUAGACAUCGUUCUCAGUGAAGCUGAUCACUAUUUCACUGAUGCAUGGAACACUUUUGAUGCCUUAAUUGUUGUUGGUAGCAUCGUUGAUAUUGCUAUAACAGAAGUUAAUAACAAUGAAGACAGUGCUAGAAUCUCCAUCACCUUUUUCCGCCUUUUUCGAGUGAUGCGACUGGUGAAGCUCCUCAGCAGGGGCGAAGGGAUAAGAACUUUGUUGUGGACUUUUAUUAAGUCAUUUCAGGCUCUGCCAUAUGUUGCUCUUUUGAUAGCAAUGUUGUUUUUCAUCUACGCGGUUAUUGGAAUGCAGGUGUUUGGUAAAGUCGCUCUGAAAGAUGGUACUCAAAUUAACCGGAACAAUAACUUUCAGACUUUUCCCCAAGCGGUGCUGCUUCUCUUCCGGUGUGCAACAGGAGAGGCUUGGCAAGAUAUCAUGUUGGCCUGCAUGCCAGGAAAACAAUGUGAUCCAGAAUCUGAUUUUAAUCCAGGAGAAGAAUUCACAUGUGGAAGCAAUUUUGCCAUUAUUUAUUUCAUCACUUUCUAUAUGUUGUGUGCUUUUUUGAUUAUCAACCUAUUUGUGGCUGUCAUCAUGGACAACUUUGAUUAUCUAACACGUGAUUGGUCUAUUCUUGGCCCACAUCAUCUAGAUGAAUUUAAAAGAAUAUGGUCAGAAUAUGAUCCUGAAGCAAAGGGGAGGAUAAAACACCUUGAUGUUGUUACCUUGUUGAGACGCAUACAACCACCUCUUGGGUUUGGUAAAUUAUGUCCUCACAGAGUUGCAUGCAAGAGGUUGGUAGCCAUGAACAUGCCCCUAAACAGUGAUGGAACGGUUAUGUUUAAUGCUACUUUAUUUGCUUUAGUGAGAACAGCCCUGAAGAUCAAAACAGAAGGAAACUUAGAGCAAGCAAAUGAAGAACUCAGGGCAGUUAUAAAGAAAAUCUGGAAGAAAACCAGCAUGAAGCUUCUUGACCAAGUUGUUCCCCCCGCUGGUGAUGAUGAGGUAACCGUGGGGAAGUUCUAUGCCACCUUCCUGAUACAGGACUACUUUAGGAAAUUCAAGAAACGGAAAGAACAAGGACUGGUGGGGAAACAACCUGCAAAGAACACUACAGUUGCACUACAGGCUGGAUUAAGGACACUUCAUGACAUUGGACCUGAAAUUCGGCGAGCAAUAUCCUGUGAUUUGCAAGAAGAUGAGCCUGAGCAAAAUCACCAUGAGGAAGAGGAAGUAUAUAAAAGAAAUGGUGCCCUGUUUGGAAACCAUAUAAACCACGUUAGCAAUGAUGCAAGAGAUUCAUUUCAGCAGAUCAAUACCACGCACCGUCCCCUGCAUGUCCAAAGGCCUUCAAUUCCAUCUGCGGGUGAGAUUACGGAGAAAAAUGUGCCUCCUUCAGCAGGAAACUCUUUAUUCCACAACCAUCAUAGUCACCAUAACCAUCAGAACCACAACUCAAUAGGGAAGCAAAUUCCAAACUCUACAAAUGCUAACCUCAAUAAUGCCAAUAUGUCUAAAGUGGCUAAUGGAAGACACACAAGCACUGGAAGUCAUGAGCAUAUAUCUGAAACUGGGCACCAUUCACACUCUAGAAGUGAUCAUCAUGAGAAACACGGAAGAUCUGCCAACAGGAGAUCUCGCUAUUAUGAAACUUAUAUUAGGUCAGAAUCAGGGGACAGGCAUCUACCCACAAUUUGCAGAGAAGAUCAUGAAAUUCGAGAUUAUUAUAAUGAGGAUUGCUACUUGGAUGAUCAGGAAUAUUUUAGUGGUGAAGAAUAUGAAGAAGACAGUAUGCUGUCAGGAAGCAGGUAUACACAUGACUAUCACAACAGAUAUCACUGCAAUGAUUUAGAUUUUGAACGGCCAAAGGGUUACCAUCACCCACAUGGCUUUUUUGAGGAAGAUGAGUCACAGAUGUGUUAUGAUUCAAAAAGAUCUCCUAGGAGACGGUUGCUACCUCCAACACCUACAUCAAAUCGCCGCUCUUCCUUUAAUUUUGAAUGUCUCCGCAGACAGAGCAGUCAAGAUGAAAUCCCAUUCUCUCCUACUUUUCACCACCGCACUGCUUUACCCCUGCAUUUAAUGCAGCAGCAGGUCAUGGCUGUUGCAGGUCUGGAUGCCACUAAAGCUCACAGACAUUCUCCCAGUCGUUCAACACGCUCCUGGGCCACACCACCAGCUACCCCACCAAACCGGGACCAUACUCCUUAUUAUACACCUCUUAUCCAAGUUGACCGAGCAGAAUCGACAGAGCAUAUGAAUGGUAGCCUACCAUCUUUGCAUAGGAGCUCCUGGUACACAGAUGAUCCUGAUAUUGCCUAUCGGACAUUUACACCAACUAAUUUGACUGUACCAAGCGACUUUAGGUAUAAGCAUAGUGACAAACAGAGAAGUGCAGACAGUUUGGUAGAAGCGGUACUUAUAUCUGAAGGUUUAGGACGGUAUGCAAAAGACCCGAAAUUUGUUUCUGCUACAAAACAUGAGAUUGCAGAUGCUUGUGACAUGACUAUUGAUGAAAUGGAAAGUGCUGCAAGUAAUCUUCUCAAUGGAAACAUUAGCAAUGGAACCAAUGGUGACAUGUUCCCAAUUUUAAAUAGACAAGAUUAUGAACUUCAAGAUUUUGGUCCUGGCUAUAGUGAUGAAGAACCAGAUACUGGUAAAUAUGAAGAAGACUUAGCUGACGAAAUGAUAUGCAUUACAACCUUAUAGUAUUUUGCAAGAAAAAUUGUUUGAUUUUAAAUAAACAAAAGUGCCUCAUAGUUACAAGAUGCUAGGCACUAGUUGGAAUAAGGAAUCAAGUUUUGCCCGAGUGAUGAUGUCACAUCACAAGGAAGCCAUACUUUUAUUUAUUCUUAAAUGUCUCCAGUGUGCUGAAGCAAGAUCGGAGUGGAAGGAUGUUUACAAGUCCUUUGCUAUAGAAUCUUGAGCUCAUCAGGGAGUGAAGGUUGGCUUUUAGACGGAAGUGGAUUCUAACCAGCCUGUUAGAUGGUUAGAUGAUUCUAACAUUUUCUUCAAAUGUUGAAGAAACAAUUGAAAGAUUGCUGCCUUUCAGGUUUGCGCUGCUGCCCUUCAGAGUGUAAAAAGUUCUGUGGAAAAAGGGUUGGCACAAAAAAAAAGUCUACAGGAGGAUAUGGUGAUGACAAUCAAAAAUGUCAUUACUUCUGAUAACAUAGCAUAUCAAAUGUCCACUACGUUCAGCAUAUCCAUUUCAGAUAUUAUUUUCAAAUUUGCCUCCUAUGUCUUUUUAAGUAUUUGUCUAAUACAGUUUGUCAAGCACUAUCUACAAGAGAUUGUUGUAUCGGACUGAUGCUGAAAAGCGUUUCUCUCAUAUGUAACACCAGUUUACAUAGCAAAAUAUCAUUAAAGAUAGUCUGUUUUAUGACUAUCUCAUUAAGGGCAAAAUAUACUGGAAUAAUUGCAUUUCUACCAAUGCACUUGCAACCAGGUUAAAGUAGAAUUAGA